AUGCCCCGAAGCCGAGAGCCCAGCGAGGGCCGCGACCCCGAGAACGUCAGGAGGGGAUACAAAGCCACCCUCAAGAACCCAAAUGUCUCGCAGCAGGCCAAGCAACACGCGCAGCAGGAGCUCGACAGAUACGAGGGUGGCGGGGGAUCCAGCGAGGAUGAGCGACAUGCGACGAAUGUGAAGAGGGGGUUGAAGGCGGCAACGCAUAAUCCCAACGUCACGGAUAUGGGGAAGAAGCAGGCGAGGGAUAAAUUGGAGGCGAUGGGGGAGCAGCCCGAUCAGCCGAGUGAUUAG